AUGUUACCUACUCCGACCACAGAUUCGGUUGAUUAUGACCUUGUAUAUGAACCAGCAGAAGAUUCUUUCCUACUUCUAGAUCUUUUAGAGGAACAGAAGGAGUUCUUGGAUACUCAUUUCCAAACCACUCAGAAUGGAGACAAACCUCAUGUUGUAGCCGGAGAAGUUCCAUUGGUGCUCGAAAUUGGUACGGGAUCUGGGAUUGUUACUACGUUUAUGCACAAAAAUAUCAUAAAACAAGGAUUAUUUCUGACCACGGACCUAAAUUUGCAUGCCUGCCAAGCGUCAUUGACUACGAGCCGGGAGAACGGAGGAACUCCAUAUCUAGACACAAUUCGAGCCAGUUUAUCCAGUGCUCUUCGAAGAAGAUUGGUUGAUGUCCUAAUAUUUAACCCUCCUUACGUUCCGAAUGAGCAAGUACCUUCCAGACCAGAUGACGAUAAUUCUAGUUCCUGGCUUGAUCUGGCUCUCGAAGGUGGUGAAGACGGCAUGGAAGUGACAAAUGUGCUUCUGGACGGGCUCGAUUCGGUGCUAAGUGACAGAGGAAUAGCAUAUAUCCUCUUCUGCAAACGAAAUAACCCCGAAAAAGUCGCCGAGUCAAUGGCCCAACGGGGAUGGAAGACGUUUUGUGUCGGGGAGAGACGAGCCGGCUGGGAGGUGCUGAGCGUGUGGAGGUUCAUGAAGUAG